AUGCAAAAAGUUCUCCCAGGUUUUGCAUUAAAUAAGUCUGUGGAAAGAUUGAGAAAAGGUAUUAAAAAAGUUCUACGGAAGGAUGAACUGGCGAAUAAAGAUGUUGCUGACGCUGUUUCAUUCAUUGAAACGAAAACAAUGAAAAAAAGGGGAUCACUAAUUAAGUUCAACGAUGUAAGUAUAUUCAAAUUACACUUGGUAGCUGAGUUAGAGAUAGUUUCUAUACACGUUUGUAAGGGCAGGGUAUGCAAAAAGUUUUUCCUUAAACUCUACCAUUAUGUAUUCUCUUCGCUAUAGCCAUCGAGUAAGCCCAAGAAUUUGUUUGAAGACAAGCGGUCCAGUUUAAACUGGUGGUACUCGGCACACCGGACGACGUUCUUCGAAAGCAGUACGGACCUGUUGGAAGCUUUAGUCGACGUCAUUUCAAGCUAUUACGUCUUCCACAUAAAUUACCCUGAUCAAAUGUCAGGUAUCCUCUACUUCCUCCAGGAUUUCGCGUUAGAUGUAUCAGACACCACACAGAGAUCCAUUAAAUACUCGUCUUUCGUUGCUGAACUGCAGUGCGAUGUUCACCGACAGUGAACUUGAAGUUACAAGUCGAUUACAUUUUAUUCCCUUCUAUGCAUGUCGCAAAAACGUAAGGAAAUGUACUCUGAUUGUGGUGGUGUAUUUUGUACUCAGGUGUUAUAAGUAUUUUUUCCCUGCUACUCUUAGU